AGUGUGUUAAAGUGUGCCUCAUGGCAGUGAUGUUAGUUUCAGCAGCGGCUGCUAUACAGUGUUACAACUGCAGACUAGAGGUCCCGCCAAGUACAAAAGUAACAACAGAGUACAAGAUCUAUGAGCUAGAGGGGGACGUUGUGAAGGAAGUGUGUAAUAAGACCAAGUGUGAGGAGAAGUGUGUGACCAUUAAAGAUACUGGUGCCGUGAACGAAACAGGAACAGUUUACUACCAGACGUGUGAUGGCGAGGAUGCUGUUUGUAAUUUCUUUGGGAUCGAAGAAGAAUACUGUAACAAAACAACAUGUGCCGUUGACUUGUGUAACAACAACGGAGAGAGCAAGAUAGCGUAUACUCUGAGUCUUGUUUCCGUGGCGAUUGUUUACUUGUUUUGGUGAAGGAGCAGUCAAUGUUCAUGUUUGUGCUUUUUCUGAACUAGCUGUUGACAUGAUGAUUUCAAUCAAAGUUUAUUUUGAAGUUUACUAAAUUGCUAUAAUGACUUUUCCCCAAAAAGCUGUAUUAUAGUAUAAAUGUAGUUUUAUAGAUGUGUUUUUUAAGCUUUUAAGGCAUUUUUAUACAAAAUUGUAUGUUUUUUGCGUGAUGAGUUUGACUUUAAGCAAGUACAGUUUGAAUAAUUCCACUCGGCAAUUUUCUUUGCAGGGAUAGGUCAACGGCUUUGUGAACGAUAUUAAAUCAAUUAUUUGUAAUUAUGUUCCUACUUAUAAUCAGUA